AAAUUGCCUGUAAUAACUGCUUCCAAAUACUUGUUUUUUAAUAUCGUAAUUGCUUUAAAAAAGUCUUUUUUUCCAUUAGCACCUGUACUAGAGUUUGACUAUCUCAUCUGUGAAGACUGUGGGAAAGAAUUCAUGGAUUCCUACCUUAUGCAGCACUUUGAUUGGGCAACAUGUGAUAACUGCAGAGAUGCUGAAGAUAAACAUAAGCUUAUAACGAGGACAGAAGCAAAAGAAGAGUAUCUCCUUAAAGACUGUGACUUAGACAAGAGAGAACCAGUGCUCAGAUAUAUUCUGAAGAAAAACCCUCAUAAUUCACGGUGGGGUGACAUGAAACUUUAUUUGAAACUACAGGUCAUCAAGCGUUCUCUGGAAGUCUGGGGUAGCGAAGAGUCUUUGCAAGAAGCAAAGGAGCUGCGCCGCGACAACAGAGAGAAGAUGAAGCAGAAGAAGUUUGAUAAGAAAGUUAAAGAACUCCGACGUGCGGUGAGGAGCAGUUUGUGGAAGAAAGAAACUAGUAUCCACGAGCAUGAUUAUGGACCAGAAGAAAACAUUGAAGAAGAUAUGUAUAAAAAAAUAUGUACUAUAUGUGGCCAUGAAUUAACUUAUGAGAAGAUGUAGUAUAAUCAUGUUCUUUCUUAAAUUUCACUGUGUCUUUUUAAUGAUAUUCUGUAUUAAAGUCAAAUAAACUCUGAUGCUGAACAAACUGUUUCCA